UCUCCCAUCGCCCUCCCCCUGACUUUGUCAGAGGCUCCAAGGAGCCGUCGCACAAAAACCCAGCCGGCAGUGAGGUGUUAAGACUUCGGCCGCAGAGACCAGAGCAGCGCUGGUUAAAGGGCGUUAUCAGCAGCUUCCUCCUCGGCUCCGUGGAUAUUUUGGGGGCUGUCAAGUUCCACCUCACUUCAGGGGAAGCGCUGACGGGAGCAGGUAGUCAGAUUUUUAUUAAGGAAAACAACUUUUCGGGGGAACGAGAUGCAGAACUCUGACAAGGAGCCGAGCAUUGAGCUGUUCAUUAAGGCUGGACACGACGGGGAGAACGUGGGGAACUGCCCCUUCUGCCAGAGGCUCUUCAUGGUGCUGUGGCUGAAGGGAGUCAAGUUCACGGUGACCACCGUCGACAUGAGGAAGAAACCCGCGGAGCUGAAGGACCUGGCCCCGGGGACGAACCCGCCUUUCCUCCUCUACAACGGGGUGCUCAAAACAGACUUCAUCAAAAUCGAGGAGUUCCUUGAGCAGACGCUGGCUCCUCCCAGGUAUCCCCACCUCAGCCCGCUGAACAAGGAGUCCUUCGACGUGGGCGCCGACAUCUUCGCCAAGUUCUCGGCGUACAUCAAGAACAGCCCCAACAACGCCUUUCACGAGAAGAACCUGCUGCGGGAGUUCAAGCGCCUGGACCUGUACCUGAACGCGCCGCUGCCGGAGGAGAUCGACCACAACUCCCGGGAAACCGUCACCGUCUCCAAGAGGAAGUUCCUGGACGGCGACCGCCUCACCUUGGCCGACUGCAACCUGCUGCCCAAGCUGCACGUCAUCAGGGUUGCUGCGAAGAAGUACUGCAACUUAGAGAUCCCCGACGACUUCACGGGCGUGUGGCGAUACCUGCAAAACGCCUACGAGCGCGAGGAGUUCAAACAGACGUGUCCGGCUGACCUCGAGAUUGAGAAGGCGUACCUGAACGUGGCCAACAAGCGGAGCUAGACCCGAGAUCACGUGCCCUGUUUGUACCACGUGGAAGCAGAACGCGAGAAUGAGAGAUCUGUGCUAAGGAAUCACAGUAUUCCACCUUAAAAACACCCACCUUAAAAUGUUUAUAGGUUAUAUGUCUCACAGACAAAUUAUAUUUGAAUGUCACAAUUAGAAAGGCCAAAAGUGCAAUUGACUGUUGAUGUAAUUAAGCAGGUUUAUUUUUGUGUAUAUUGUAAAUACAAAUGUUUUUCACGCUCUUUCCAAUCAAACACCCUUGUUCAAAUAUGAUUGUGUUACUAUAAGCAGCAUCUUCAUAUUUCAUGCAACAGAUAAUGGCAAAUAUCUUAAAGAAUCUUAAUACAAGUGUCUCAUGUUUGAUACAGUUAAACAUGGGACAUUUUUUCAAUUUUAUAUUAAUAAAAAAGUAAAUACAGUAACUUGAA